GCAAGAGCUUCUAUUCCAAUCGGCGUAGUUCCUCUAGUCUUUCGUUUUUAUUUCUGUAUUUUCUUGUACAGACGUCACUCUUUUGAAACCAUUCAUUGACAUUCACAACCAUGGGUCCCGUACGCCAAAGCUUGAUCUGUUUCUCUUCUCUUCUCUCUACCGCAGUUGCUUUCCCAUACUACAAGCGUGUUGACAAUUCAACUGGCAUCCAGAAUGCGACCUUCGACUACGUGAUUGUCGGUGGCGGUCUCACAGGUUUGGUGGUAGCCAAUCGCCUCAGCGAAAAUCCAGCGCACACCGUUCUUGUCAUUGAGAAUGGAGAAAUCAAUAAUGAUCCCGCAACUCUGAUUCCCCAGUCCGCGAACAGCAACAACAAUGCUCUCAUGUACGAUAUCCAAUCUGCGCCCGAGGCUCAAUUGGGAAAUGCUUCCUUCCUCGUUACUGUCGGCAACGUAGUGGGUGGAGGUUCUGUUGUCAAUGGCAUGGCUUUUGAUCGGGCUGCAGCCGCCGACUACGAUGCUUGGGAGAAGCUGGGUAAUGAAGGCUGGGGAUGGGAGAGUCUACUCCACUACUUCAAGAAGUCAACAACAUGGACCCCACCUAUGGAUUCGUUGAUUGAGGAAUUCAACAUUACCUUUGAUGCCUCCUUCUACGGCACAGAUGGCCCAUUGCAAGCCUCCAUGCCGAACUUCGAAUACCCAGACACAAAGACUAUCUGGGAUUCGUUCAGGAAAGAGAAUGUUCCUCUGCCCAUCGAACAUGCUUCUGGAAACGCAGUCGGUGGAUUCUGGAUCCCUACAGCACUCGAACCCAAGACGCAAACACGAUCUCACGCUCGCAACGCUUACUACGAUCCUAUCCAGACUCGCUCCAACCUCCACCUUGUGACAGGCCACAAGGUCAACGAGAUCCUCUUCGACGGACUCUCCGCCAAAGGAGUCCAAUUCACUGCCUCUUCAUCUAACGUCACCUCCAAAGUCUGGGCCAAGAAGGAAGUCAUCCUCGCUGCCGGCGCCGUCUUCACCCCACAGCUACUCCAGCUCAGCGGUAUCGGGCCCAAGAAUGUCCUCGAAGCCGCGGGCGUCGAAGUAAAGAAAGAUUUCCCUGCAGUCGGUGCCGGUCUCCAAGACCACCCCACCGCAUUCAUGAUCUUCGACCUCAAGAACCUCUCCUUCCCCAACCCCAACAGCUUAGCCGAGAACGCAACCUUCAACGCGACGGCGUGGGAAGAAUACGUCGUCAACAAGACGGGCCCAUACACCAACGCACACGGAAACAGCCUUGCAUUCCUGGCCCUGAAGCACAUCAGCAACAACUCCCAAACCAUCGUCAACGAAGUCACGAGCCAGACAUCGCAGGACUUCUUGCCCGCCGCAUACGCCGACGAGAACCUGCUCAGGGGAUACGAGGCCCAGAAAGCCAUCCUCGCAGAAAUGCUUUCAGGCGAGGAUGCCGCCGUAGGCGAGUUCCCCAUGGGACCAUCCGGCUUCGCCGUCAACGCCCUGCAGCGCCCGUUCUCCCGAGGCAGCGUCACUCUCGACGCAGCGAACAAGAAUGGAAACCCCGUCGUGCACUUCAACUCGUUCCAGAACCCGAUCGACAAGAAGCUGAUGCUCACGAUGAUCCAGUGGACGAGGCGCCACUGGAAGAACGAAGUCCUGUCCGUCUUCUCCCCGACGGAAUUGGUGCCCGGCGCGGCGGCACAGUCCGACGAGGAGAUCCUCAAUGCGUUGAUUGGAGGUGGUCUGCUCAUGCCUUCGUUCGCGCACAUGUCGGGAACCUGCAGCAUGUUGCCCGAGAACUUUGGCGGCGUUGUGGGCAGCGACUUGUUGGUGUACGGAGUCGAGAACUUGAGCGUCGUGGAUGCUAGCAUUUUACCAUUGAUCCCCGCGACGCAUAUUCAAGCUACUAUGUACGCCGUGGGAGAGAAGGCGGCAGAUCUCAUCAAGGCAAGAGCUUGAGAUGAGGAGGGGGUGUAAAUGUAAAUAGAAUGUACCAAUAUUUCCACGUGCACAGUUCAUUUAACCUACCUAAACAGAUCUUUGACGUGAGAGUGCUUCACCGUUAGUAUCAGCAUAGCAAUGAACCGCCGUUCUGGACCUUCGGCGCUGGAGAAUCGUUCUAUACGCCAUAGUCACUCUCGAGACGGCUACCAUUCUCGAUUCUAUAUCACAGCAUCCUUCUUCGCAGGCCUCUCCCC